AAUUUGAAACUGGAGCAUGAGCAGGAGAAAAACAAGAUCUUGUCAGAAGCAUUAGAGACACUAGCUACUGAACACCAUGAACUAGAGCAGUCGCUGGUUAAGGGAUCUCCGCCUCUCAGCAUCAUCAGUGAGGAGCAGUUCUAUGAUGCUGUUUCAGAUUCGGAAUCUGAAAAAUCAUUAAGUGGGUUUGAAACAACGGCCUACUCACUGGAGGACAGCAUGGAUUCAAAAGAUACAAUAACUUCAGGCAUGUCUGAAGAAAAGGUUUGUGGCAGUGGGGAGUCACUGUCUAACGGGAUCAAGAAACACAGAACGAGCUUGCCAUCUCCCAUGUUUUCCAGAAAUGACUUCAGUAUCUGGAGUAUCUUAAGAAAAUGCAUUGGAAUGGAGUUGUCCAAGAUCACAAUGCCAGUUAUCUUCAACGAGCCGCUGAGCUUUCUACAACGACUUACAGAGUACAUGGAGCAUACAUACCUCAUCCACAAAGCCAGCUCACUUUCCAGCACAACCGAGCGAAUGCAGUGUGUUGCUGCAUUUGCUGUGUCUGCUGUGGCCUCACAGUGGGAACGUACAGGGAAGCCAUUCAACCCGCUGCUUGGAGAGACGUAUGAAUUGAUCAGAGAUGAUCUUGGAUUUAGACUUCUCUCAGAGCAAGUUAGCCAUCAUCCACCAAUCAGUGCUUUCUAUGCUGAAGGUUUAAAUAAUGAUUUUGUGUUUCAUGGAUCAAUUUAUCCUAAACUCAAGUUCUGGGGCAAGAGUGUGGAAGCAGAACCAAAAGGCACAAUGACUUUGGAGCUUCUUGAACACAAUGAAGCCUAUACGUGGACAAAUCCUACGUGCUGUGUGCAUAACAUCAUUGUGGGCAAACUUUGGAUCGAGCAGUAUGGAAAUGUAGAAAUAACAAACCAUAAAACUGGUGAGAAAUGUAUACUGAGCUUUAAGCCCUGCGGCCUCUUUGGGAAGGAGUUGCACAAAGUUGAAGGCUACAUUCAGGACAAAAGCAAAAAGAAACUUUGUGCGCUGUAUGGGAAGUGGACUGAGUGUUUGUACAGUGUUGACCCAGCUACAUUCGAUGCUUACAAAAAACUUGACAAGAAAAAUACCGAAGAGAAGAAAAGCGGUAAACAGGUGGGCAAUACUGAGGAACCAGAUGAGAUGCCCUUGCCAGAUUCAGAAAGUGUGUAUGUUAUUCCUGGAAGUAUUUUGCUGUGGAAGAUAACUCCAAGACCUCCAAAUUCAGCACAGAUGUAUAAUUUUACUAGCUUUGCUAUGGCUUUGAAUGAGUUGGACAAAGAAAUGGAGAGUGUCAUCCCCAAAACGGACUGCCGGCUACGACCAGAUAUCAGAGCCAUGGAAAAUGGAGAAAUAGAUCUAGCUAGUGAAGAAAAGAAGAGGCUAGAAGAAAAACAAAGGACUGCCCGCAAAAAUCGUUCAAAGUCAGAGGAAGACUGGAAAACGAGUCACCCAUCAUCCCAGAGUCCCAGAUGGUUCCACCAAGGUCCCAAUCCCUACACUGGUACACAGGACUGGCUCUAUUCUGGCAACUACUGGGACAGAAACUACUUUAACUUGCCUGAUAUUUAUUAAAAUGCAAUAAGGAGCCUGUGACUGAUACAAAUAAGUCUUAAUCUGGUUUAAUAUUUUCCCUUGUUUUACUUAUCUCCUGAAAAAACUGACAAGUUAUCAAGCAGAAUAUUAAGCAUCUCUCCACAGUAAAUCUGGUGGUACAUGAUCUGCCAUCCCAUAGGUAGGGGAAUAAUUUUUCUGGCUGAUGGUGGGUCCUGUGCGGACAGAGUCACCAUGGUUUCAAGCUGCCCUGUUUGCUGAAUACACCUAUAUUAG